AUGUCCCGGGAACAGUUCCUCGACAUUGUUAAGGAUCGGAUUGCUAGCCCAGCCUUUCGUGGGGAAUAUUGCUGGAAGGAAACGUGUUUUAUUGUUAGCGAUUAUUGGGAUACUGCCGAAUUUAGCGACGGUCCAGCGAGAGUGGUGAAACCGAACACACUGGCAAAUGUGAUAUUGGUGGAAGCGGCGUUAUUGAUACCAACGGAGUACACCCUCGAAAAUACCGACACCAGCCGCUGGAAGGUCGAUAAGAAAUUCAUCCCAAAAAUCGGGUACCUAUUCUCGAUGAUAUCUGCCAUAUUUGCUACUCAAUCUUUGGGGAUGACAGAAACGGUAGCUGGUAAUAUCCUCUUCAUCGGGCUGGGCGGUGGGGUGAUGAAUAAUUUUGUGUCGGCCACGUUUCCGAAUAUGAACGUGACGAUGGUCGACAUCAACCCGGCUACGAAACCGAUGGCUAUCGAGCAGUUUAAUGUUGUGGAGGACAAGCUUUCCCGCAUUAUAAUCCAAGACGGCGUCCAAUUCGUAAAAAAUCAGCUGGCGGUUGGGAAUGACAAUAUUUUCGACGCUAUCCUGAUAGAUGCUUGUUACAACGAUGCAAAGCAUGACAUGCUUUGCCCUAUCGAAUUUUUUACUGAAAAGGCUUUUAUCAAGAACUUAAAGAGUUUUAUCCGGAAGAGUGGUAUAAUCGUCUUUAAUCUACUAGUAAUUGGCCAUAAGAAGCUGAAAAUCGAAAAAGAA